AUGGAAAAGUUUCUCAUUGUGAAAGACGUUACCCAUAAAGUGCGUCGAUUUAAUUUGAGCGGUCGCACAUUGGAGUUCAAAAUAAAACCGGUACCUAAAGAUACCGAACCUGUACAUUGGGUUAGAAAUGCGAUUUCGCAACUUGUAAAUAGGAGUGUAGAAGAUUUGGAACCUCAGGAUAUGGUCGGUUUCUCUUUCUGCUCUAAAGAUUUUAAGAAAGGUGAGGGAUGGUUGCGAUUCAGGCAGGCUAGCGAAGUUACUAUUAACGAUAUAUGGGAUACUAUAUCGUCCAUCUACCAGUCCAACUCCUGUGGUUUGAACACUGAGACUUUCUGUUUUCGUAUAACAUCAGUGAGGUUACCUGCUGGUUCCGGAAGAGGGCGAAAAUAUAAUAACUUUAGUGAGGAGUGUGCUAUGAGGAACGGUAUUGUGGUAAUUAAAAACCACGAUAAGUUAUGCCUGCCUCGAGCCAUAGUGGUCGCAAUGGCUCUUAUUGAUAAAGUUUCUGAAUACAGAAAGAUUCGCUGUGAUAUAGGAAAAAUACAAACACUAAAAGCCGUUCAAUUACUAGAAGAUAGUAAAAUAAGUAUUCCUGAAACGGGAGCUAGUAUAAAUGAGCUGCAAAAAUUUCAAAGCUAUCUGAAAGGUUACAAACUCACAGUAUAUCUUUACAGCAGAAAAGGUCGUGAUGUAAUGUUCGAGGGAAGUGAAGCGGGUAAACACCUCAAUUUAUUGUAUCACGAGGGGCACUUCAACGUGAUCCGCUCGUUAACUGCAGCAUUUUGCUGCAGUUAUUAUUGUGAAGAAUGUCACGUACCCUUUGAACAUAAAACCCAACAUCGUUGUGGGGGUACGUGUCCAGCAUGUCUACAGUCACCAACAUGUAGCACAGAACAGUUAAAGAUUAGAUGUGGUGAAUGUUUGAGAGACUUUCGAGGUCAGAACUGCUUUGACAAUCACAAGACACAUAAUGUCUGCAUGAAAAUUAAACGAUGUGAAAAGUGUUUUGCUAUAUAUCGCAAUACCAGGAACCAUAUCUGCGAAGAAGUUUUCUGUAAAACGUGCAACGGCCAUGUGAAUAAAGAUCAUUUGUGCUACAUGCCUAUAGAUACAGGUUACCCAAAAAUCAAAGACACGCUUUUUAUUUUUUACGAUUUGGAAACCAUGCAAGAAGAAAUAUUAGAAGAUGGGUCCCUCUUGCAUCAACCCAAUCUCUGUGUUUACAUGCAGUGCUGUGAUAAAUGUAUAGACGAAAAGAAACUUUACUUUUGCCAAAAGUGUGGUUUUCGACAAAAAGUAUUGACUGCGAAUGUAAUAGCCACUUUUAUGGGGUAUAUUUUAACUAUGAGGAAGAAAUUCAAAAGCAUAGUAGUAAUAGCCCACAACGCCUCUGGGUUUGACGGUCAGUUUAUUUUAAACUACAUCAUUACACACACAGAUCUCACACCGGAGUUAAUAAUGCGGGGAACAAAGCUGGUGACAAUGUUAUUGGAUAACGUCAAAUUUCUAGACUCACUGAAUUACUUUCAAAUGGCGCUAAGAAAACUGCCGCAAGUUUUCGGUCUAACUGAGCUAAAGAAAGGAUAUUUUCCACAUCUGUUUAACAGGACUGAGCACCAAAACUUUGUGGGUCCUAUACCAUCAAUAGAAGCUUUCGAGCCGGAUAAUCUUAUUCGAGCUGAAAGGGAAGAGUUGAUAAAAUGGUAUUCCGAAAGAAUAGCUGAAAACUACAUUUUUGACUUUAAAAAAGAGCUUGUAGAAUAUUGCAUAUCGGAUGUGGAUAUAUUGGCACAGUCGUGUCUCAAAUUUAGGAAGCUAAUGAUCGAGGAGGGAAAUGUCUGUCCGUUUAUCGAUAGCGUUACGCUACCUGGUGCUUGUAAUAAAAUAUUCCGCAGGAACUUUUUAAAACCAAACACCAUAGGACUUAUCCCAAAAGGGGGUUACCGGUUUCGUGAUAAUCAAUCCGUAAUUGCUACACGAUGGCUAUUAUUAGAGGAGCGCUCUCGAGGAAUUAACAUAAUACAUUCUGCCAAAAAGAAGGAAGCUAGGAUAGGUGGUGUUGAAGUCGACGGUUAUUGUGCCGAAACUAAUGAAGUGUUCGAGUUCCACGGUUGCUAUUACCAUGGCUGUCCAAAAUGCUUCAAACAUAGCAGAAACGCACCUCUAAAGGAUAACCCUGCAGAGACGAUGGUCUAUCGUUACGAGACCACAUUAGCAAAAUCGCAUAGAUUGAAGGAGUUGGGUUACAUCAUCACCGAAAUGUGGGAGUGUGAUUUCCGACGUCUACUGACAGAGGAAAUGUUAAGUUAUACGGAAGCACACCCUCUAAUGUUGCAUUCACCACUAAAUCCGAGAGACGCAUUUUAUGGUGGCCGAACCGGAAAUGCAAAAUCUUUCUAUAAAGUUGAACAAAAUGAACAAAUAAAAUACGUCGAUUUUACAUCCCUGUAUCCGUACAUUAACAAAAAUGGAAAAUACCCCCUGGGUCAUCCUAUCGUUCAUACUUCUGAGCAGUGUAGCAAAUUAAAUCUGUAUACCACAGAGGGAAUAAUGAAGUGUAAAAUAUUACCACCACAAGCAUUGUUCCACCCAGUGUUACCCUUAAAAAUGAAUAACAAAUUAAUGUUUGUACUUUGUCGCGCAUGCAGUGAAAGUUUCAAUCAAGGACAAUGUGAACACAACGACAACGAACGAGCUUUAACAGGUACCUGGGUAAUUGAUGAAGUCAGGAAGUCUGUCGAAAAGGGAUACAAAAUCUUGGAAACGUACGAAAUAUGGGAGUACCGCACAGAACAGUAUAACAGAGAGACUAAAACUGGCGGUUUGUUUAAUGAUUACAUAAAUAAAUUUUUGUGCAUUAAACAGCAAAGUUCCGGAUGGCCAACAUCGUGCAAUACAGCUGAAAAGAAAGAUGAAUAUAUUAAAGAAUAUUUUGAAGUCGAAGGUGUUCGGUUGGAUCCCUCAAAAAUAGAAAAGAAUCCAGGACUCCGACAAUUAGGAAAAUCAGUUAUUACUUCGUUUUGGGGAAAACUAGGUCAGCGCGAGAACCAAAGUAAAACUACAAUAGUUAGACAACCAGAAGAAUUUUAUAACAUCAUGACUAACCCUUCAGUCGACAUUAAUUCGGUUCAGCCGAUAAAUGAGGAUACGCUCCUUGUAAACUGGGAAUUUAAAGAAGAAAGUUACACCCCUUUAUCGACAGUGAACGUGGUACUUGCCGCUUACACCACUGCGCAGGCACGGUUAAAGCUGUAUGAGUAUCUAGAUUUAUUAGGCGAGCGUGUGUUGUAUUAUGACACGGACUCUAUAAUCUACAUUACUUCCGAAGGCCAGUUUGAUCCACCGACAGGUAAAUUUUUGGGCGACUUAACAGAUGAAUUAGAAGCUGAAGGUGCUGAUAGUUAUAUUGAAGAAUUCGUGUCAGGUGGACCAAAGAAUUAUGCUUAUAAACUCUGGUCCACGGCCAAAAAUUGUUAUGUAAAUGUUUGUAAGGUGAAAGGAAUUUCCCUUAAUUAUAAAAACUCACAAAUCAUCAACUUUGAACAGAUAAAGAGGAUGGUAUUGGAAGGUGAUAAAGCAGAACCCUUACUGGUAUCGUCAAAGUUGAUGAAAAGAACGGCUGAACAUAAUGUUUUAACAAACGAUACUACUAAAGUCUACCGUACAAAUUCGACAAAAAGAUGUUUUGCUACAGAUGGCUCAUCACAUCCUUACGGUUUUAAGAAGUCUCGUUUAUCCGGUGGAAUAGACGAAAAUUUAUAAAAAAUUUAGCAGAUGUAAUAAUAUGUACCUGUAAUGCAUAGCUAUGUAACUUUACUGUAAUGUGGUAUAAAAUUCAAUUAAUUAGUUAAAAACAUUAUUCAUUAAUUCAUCUUCAGACCGCACCUUUCCUAUCACUGUACCGA